CGACAGCCUUGAUGUGACGACGCAAACAGUAAGCCAAAAUGUGAGGUAUCCGUGAGCUUCCUGUAGAGCUCGUGCACGUGAUGUCGCCAUUUUCACGGCGCCGUAUUGGUGUGGGGGACAUCGAACCGGAGAAGAAUAUACACAAUGCCCGAGAUUACGCGUGCUCUUGGUUGUUACAACGGACGAGGCAGAUAUUCAAAUAGAUCAUUUUGUGGAAUACCAGCUGAAAAGACGAGAAAAGAUCGAUGGAAUUUCGUCAUUAAACCUGAUGGAUGGUGCCCAACCGAAUACACACGACUGUGUAGCGAUCACUUCACUUCUGACCAGCGACGCACCCUGAAGUCACCCGGACGGGGAAAAAGGAGCUCCUCAUCAGCCGUCACCUCUUGUGAGAUGAAAAGGCCUCGCAAAGCAGUUCACCACCCGGCGAGACCGAGCUCAGCCGCCUUCAGACGUGUUUGACAGAAGUGGCAGGAAGUGCUCGUCGGAGGUGACGAGGGAGCACAACUCGUGAGCAUUUGGCACUGCCACAGAAGAAGACCUCAGUGCUACCCGGGAUGUUUUGGCACAACGUGGUACUACACGGACGGCGUGCAACUCCCAAGGAAAAUUAAAUCCAAACAAAGUGAAAGUUUGACAACCGCCUGGACUGGAUCGCGGUCAACUUCCGAGGCUUUGCGGUAUUCGGCACGUGAAUUAAACGCGGAGAGACGGACAAUGCAGGCGUGGUGUCGAGAGAGAGAGAGAAUAUUUCCUUGUUGAAGGAGGCGGCGGCGGCGGUGGCGGCGGCGGAGGUGGCGGUGGGGACGUCGGUGGCGCCUGUUUGCUCCUGACACCUGCUGCCUCGACCUGCCAGUCACAUCGCAAGCAAAGGGAUCACCGGGGGGAGAGGACAAAUACGAAGAAGACGAGCACAAAGACAACGGAGAGCGAUCCAGAAUGAGCUCAAUUGAUCUUCUGGAGUCAUUACUGCCACUCUUCAAUGUAUUAGCCGACUGCCUGAGAUGUGCAGAUGAGCGCCGUCCUCUCGCCCGCCUGACGGCGCGACUGAAGCCAAAAGGACGUCCCCCGACGAGGGCGAGAGGUGGAGCGCAGAGGGGGAUCACCCCUCCCCCCUCCCCCACAUAGAGAAGCGGUACAGUCCCACCCGCCCUCCGUGAGAGCAUCACGGCACUUCAUUUAAAUUCUGCAAGGAGACAUCCCAUAAAUCAUCAGCAUUCUGACUAAUGGCUUCUCCGUUGAGGGAAAACUCGCAGCUCCCUACCUGGGGACGAUGGUGUCUGCUCUAAAAGGUGAGGACGUGCCGGGCGAGCGGAGAACCAGAACCAGAACGACGUCGCUUCUGGCUGGAGAGGCGCUGGGGGCGGAGAUACUAAUAACAUAAAAGAGAAGAAAUGAAAUGAUGUUAUUCACUCAUCAGGUAUCGUUUGCGACCAUCUGCCGACUUGAAGCUGCCCAAGAUGAAGGCUCCCCAACAGCUGCCGCCACGUCACAUAUGCGAGGGGAAAAAAUGCGUUUCGCCUGGAAUAUUCUCCGGCGUCGGUAUUCCCGCUGGAAUCCCGAGCCAGCCCCCACCUGCAGCCGCACGCCUCACGUUGGGGGGGGGGGGGGGCGCGUAUGCCGCCCCCUCCCCUGCAAGUCACAACCCGACACGUCCCACCGAGACGUCUGCGGUUCGUCGCGAGCGAAUGGAGGAGCUUGGUCGGGAGAGCAAACAGACGACGACGACGACGACGCCGCCUCACACAAACCGUCCGAAUCCCUCCAGAAAGCCACCAUGCAGACGGCGGAGGCCCUGUCGGCCACGCUCGCCACCAACAGGAACUGCUCCUUCGAAAUCACCAACGUCAGCUCCGUCUACUGCCUCGUGAACCCCAAGGUGUACAUGUCCAGCGGCUUCUGCUGCCACCCGCCGCAGCCCACCGUCCGCAGCGCGCGCACCGAGCUGUGCUCCUUCAUCAAGGACGACCACACGGUCACCGGCGCCGUGGGCCUGCUGACCUACGACCUCUUCCACAUGCAGGGCCGCGCGUGCUCGCAGCGCAUGGCCGUCAUGUUUUCCGUGCCCUACGACCGCAACCUGUACAAGAACCGGCUGGCGGUGGGCGUGUUCGAGGCCUCGCGCGCCUGCGACAAGAAGCUGUACGAGCUGAUGUACGACGGCAAGGAUACGGCCAACUUCAGCCGGGCGGACGCCAGCGGCUCCGGGGUGGUCUACGGCACCGACCAGGUGGACGUCAGGGCCACCAUGUCCACGGUGGGCAAAGCCAUUAUUAAAUUGGAGUUUUACGACCAGUUGAGUCGUUAGCUUUUGUUUUGUUUUUUUUGCUCAGGCGCUUUUGGUGCCUCAAAAGUCAAUUUCAAUUCAUUUUCCAUGCAAGAAAUAAUCCAUUCAAUUCAUUUCCUAUCGCGGGUGUCCUCAUUGGCUGACUCCGGGCAGGAGGCGGAGUCUCAGUGACUGUUUUCUUUGUAAUUUCUCCAUCAUUAAUAUGUUAAAAAGCGAAGGCCAGACAAUAAAAACUGCCACUUUCGAAGCAAUAGCGAGUUGCUCGACCCGCAAAUCAUACGCCUUCCGAGGCUCUGGUGUAUCCCCGAAAAUGACAAAUUAAUAACAAAAGUGCAUUUGAAUUGUGCCAUCUUAAAGCUCCUUUGUAAUGUGCCUUCAAU